UGGUGGGGGAAGAAAACACCAAACAGAACAAGAUAACCAACAUACUGUGCUCUUAGAUCCCAUCAAAAUCUUCUAAACUCCUCACAAGUUUGUCGGUGAGAGAGAAGAGAAAUAUAAUAAAAUCCCGUUACCUUUCUUGCCGGAGGAACAUGGCAACUCCUGUACUGGUUAUCAAUUCACUCACCUUCGCUCAUUCCAGAUAUAUAUAUGCAUAGAGAGGAGAAGAAAAAAGCGCAGGAACGCCAGAGAAAGAAGUGAGAGUUGAGAGAGAGGAGGUUGGAGAGAAGAGGAAACGAAGAGAUGCCGGCGGCGGUGAAGGCCGGGAGCCGGCCGCCGUGGGUGGGGCUGGCGGCGGCGGUGUGGGUGCAGGUGGCGGCGGGCAGCGGCUACAACUUCCCUCUGUAUUCCCCCUCGCUGAAGUCGGUGAUGGGAUACACCCAGCAGCAGCUCACCAUGCUCGGCGUCGCCAACGACAUCGGCGAGAACUUCGGCAUGAUCGCCGGCGUCGCCUGCAACCGCUUCCCGCCCUGGCUCGUCCUCCUCAUCGGCGCCGCCUCCUGCUUCCUCGGCUUCGGCGUCCUCUGGCUCGCCGUCACCCAGACCGUCUCCGGCUUGUCCUACUGGGUGUUGUGGCUUGCGUUAUGUAUUGCCACCAAUAGUAGUGCAUGGUUGGGCACAGGUGUUCUUGUUACCAACAUGAGGAACUUCCCUCUUAGCAGGGGCACUGUGGCUGGCAUUCUCAAGGGUUAUGUUGGGCUUAGUGCUGCAGUGUACACUGAAAUAUAUACUGGAGUGCUGCAUGACUCAGCUGCAAAACUGUUACUGUUUCUUACACUAGGACUGCCUGUCAUAUGCCUUGCAAUGAUGUAUUUUGUCAGGCCAUGCACACCAUCAUUAGAGGAGGACUCAUCAGAGUAUGGUCAUUUUUUGUUUACCCAAAUUUCAAGCGUGUUUCUAGGCCUCUAUCUCCUGGGUACUACAGUCUUGGAUGAUGUUACCUCACUAAGUAAUGCUGUAACCUAUACUUUGUUUGGUAUAAUGGUUCUCUUACUCCUGGCUCCCCUUGCAAUCCCCUUGAAGAUGACACUUUAUCCAAAUAGGCGCAAAAGAACGGGUGCUCUUGGCCCUUCUAGUUCAUCAGACAGUCUAACUGCAGAUAAAUCAGAACCACUACUGGCCGAAUCUUCAUCAACAAUGAAUAUUCAGGAGGCUGAUGACGCUUCUGAUGUGGAUAUGCUUUUGGCUGAGGGAGAGGGAGCUGUGAAAAAGAAGAGAAGACCUAAGAGGGGAGAGGAUUUUGAAUUCCGUGAAGCUUUAAUUAAGGCUGAUUUUUGGCUUCUAUUUUUUGUUUACUUUGUUGGGGUUGGAUCAGGUGUCACUGUGCUCAACAAUCUGGCACAAAUUGGGAUUGCAGCAGGUGUUGAUGAUACAACUAUCUUGCUCAGCCUUUUCAGCUUUUGCAAUUUCGUUGGUCGUCUUGGUGGGGGUGCUGUUUCUGAGUACUUCGUCAGGUCUAAAAUGUUUCCUCGGCCCAUUUGGAUGACAUGCACACAAGUUAUCAUGAUUGUAGCUUACCUUCUGUUUGCUUCUGGUCUAAAUGGGACUCUUUAUGCUUCAAAUGCUUUACUUGGUAUCUGCUAUGGGGUCCAGUUCUCUGUCAUGGUGCCGACUGCAUCUGAACUCUUCGGCCUGAAGCACUUUGGGUUGAUAUAUAAUUUCAUGUUGUUAGGAAAUCCCCUUGGGGCUCUCCUCUUCUCAGCUGGUCUUGCGGGGUAUGUGUAUGAUAUUGAAGCAGCAAAGCAGAACCCAGGUUUUCUUGAUGCUUCAACCAAUUCUUGCUUGGGGCCUAAUUGCUUUAGGCUCACAUUUCUAGUUCUUGCGGGGGUCUGUUGCUUGGGCACAUUGUUGAGCAUAGUUUUGACCGUGAGAAUUAAGCCUGUAUACCAAAUGCUCUAUGCUAGUGGGUCAUUUCGGCAGCCUCGGAGCUCGCAGCACUGAUAGCAGGUGACCUUUCACGAGCACCAUCUGUCUUGGGCCACAGUUUUCUCUUGGUACUUGUUCCUGGUUGUAAUAGUUUCAUAUACCUACAUAUCAUGUAGUUAUCAGGAGCCUCAUCUGCCUCGAAGGAAUGAUGUUGUUAAUCUUGCGAAAGAAGCUCCUUAUAGAUUGUUGUACCUACCUAAAUGCGUUACAUAUUUGUACUGGGACCAUGAUUCAUUGAUCAAAUAUUGGAAAUGAUACAAUUAAAAUCUUGAUUAUGUAUUAGUGAAAUUAAUUUUUGAAGC